AUGCUCGCUGCCAGAGGCGACCUUCAGAGGCUCCUCAGCUGCUUCCUGGCCCAACCUAUCACCGUUAUCCCGAUAUACACUCAUGCAUCGCCCCGGGUCCAGCCCGCGUCGCUGCAGACGCCCAUCACUCAGGAACGUGAAGUGCACCUCAUGGUCAAUUCAAAACUGGCCUGUGUUGCGACUUCGACCGUGACCAUCACCACCCCUUACGUGGAGAGUCUCGUGCUCGACCGCAAAUUCGCCAUCGGGCAGACGUUUGCGGAGCUGGGCAGGAAGCCGGAGUUUAACCUCUUGUCGGUGAGCACCAACAUCGCCAACGGGAUGCGCGAGCUUCGCCGCACGUACACCCUCGAGACCGAGGGCUACUUCUGCAACAUCACCGAGGUCUUCCCUGAUCGCCGCAUGUUCGAGCUUGGGGAAGAAUGGCUUCAUAUCAAGGACGCCACUGCCGAAACCGAGUCGACGUCUGCUGCCACAGACGAGGAGUCCGCCGACGAAGAGAUCUCGGAGCCGGGAACGGUUGAUCGGUUCUUCAAGCACACGCCCCACUCGAUCGCAGACACGCCCACCCUCAACGUCGUGCUUGACAAGCAAGCGGUCAACCCCGCCGUUGCAGACCAUGCAUUCGCCGCGUACCCCGCCAUCCCCGCCGACCCGGCCGCGUCUAUCUCGUACACCGAGGUCACGUAUCGCGAGUUCGCCAGGAUGGUCGACUACCAGACCUCGGUCCUCUCCGCGCGCUUGAAGGACACUGUCCUUGCCCGCGCUGACGGGCGCGACGCGUCGGAGGCGCCCACGAUCGCACUCCUCUUCGAGAGCGGGUUCCACCUUGCCGUUCUGGUGAUGGCCACCAUGAAGCUUAACGCGACGGCGUUCCUGCUGGCACCUGCUAACUCCGAAGCCGCCGUGGCGCACCUGCUCAAGUCGUGCAAGGUCGCUGCCGUGCUGCAUGCUGCCGACCAUGCUGAUAAGGUCUCUGCCUCGGCUUCGUUGGCGGACAUCCCUGCGUUCGUAAUCAACGUGGCAGAGUGCGUCAAGCCUGCGCCUGCAGGUCAUGCGCUCGACGCGAGCGAGCUCCUGCACCCCGCGCACCCUGCGAUUCCUAUCAUCGUCCACAGCUCGGGAUCAACAGAAUUCCCCAAACCCGUGCGCUGGUCGAACGAGAGCUUCCUCAGUAACAGCCAGGUCAUGCUUACGGACGGCGGCUGGUCGGCGUUCGCCAACUCGGGCAACAGGUUCCUGUGCCUUGGUCCUCUGUUCCACACGUUGGGGCUGACGAUCGGGCUGGGUGGCGCGAUCUGCGAGGGGAGCACGAUUGUGUUCCCCCUGACGCGCUCGUGGCCCGUCUCGACGGCCGAUCUCAUCCGCUCGCUCCGCCUUGCUAGUGUUAAGACGUGCGUCAUCGUGCCGCUCAUGCUUGAGCAGGUCACGGAGGCGCUCGAGAACGAGAAGACGGAGGACCCAUUCGACUGUCUCGCCAGCCUCGAUCUUCUCAUCGUGGGCGGCGCGCAUUGCCCGGAGAAGCUCGCGCGCAACCUCGUCUCGCGCGGCGUGAACCUCAAGAACAUCUACGGCUCGUCUGAGACGGGCCACCUCAUGGUUGGCGACCACACGCGCUCGGCGCGGGACGACUUCGACUCGUGGAACUCGGUCCGCCCGUUCCCGCACACGAGCAUGGUGUUCAAGCCCGUCGACGCGAGCGACGGCAGUGUCGAGAGCAGCCAUUAUUAUCAGGUGCAUCUUCCCGCGGACGACGUGCGCAUGGCGCCGGGUGUGCUCAAGCCCGGCGAGGAGACGUGGAACACGGGCGAUGUUGUGCAGGAGUGCCCGCCCGGUUCGGGGUGGUAUAAGCUGAUGUAUCGGGACGAUGAUAUUCUCGUGCAUGUUAGCGGCGAGAAGACGAACCCGGUGCCGAUGGAGACGUUCUGCCGCGAGACGCGCCUUAUUCAGUGCAUUGCCAUCUUUGGGCACCAACAGCGUGUCACGGCGGCAAUUGUGCAGCUGAACAAAGCGAAAGCGCUCGAGCUCACGGAGGAGGAGCGCGUCGAGGCCGUGCACAAGCUCAUCCGGGAGGCGAACCAGGACGCACCGAGCCACUCGAGGCUGCUUGAGGAUAUGGUUAUGAUUCUUCCCCUAGACUACCCCAAGGAGAUUCCUCGUACCAACAAGGGCAACUGCAUCCGCAAGAAAGCCCUCGUCAUCUUCAAAGACGAAAUCGACGCGCUCUACCGCAACUUCGAGGAUGACGGCUCCUCCGCCGACUCAGAGCCCGAAAGCUCCACCUCGACUUGGGUAGUCUCCGAUGCCGAGAUCGCAAGCAAGCUCCGCGCUGUGAUCGCUAAGACGGCCUCCGCCCUCCCCGCAUCGUUCGACGGCGCUAAGAGUCUGUUCGAGCUCGGGCUUGACUCUGUCACUGCGAUGGCGCUGCGCAAGGCGCUCUCCAAGGCGUUCGACAUCAAACUCUCGUCGCAGUUCAUCUAUCAGAAUGCGUCGCUCGACGCGCUGAGCACCGCCAUCUACGCGAUCGUCGCCUCGCGCUCCGUUACUCCCUCUGGUAGCAAGCCCGUCUCCACGGCGCCGGUCGUGGUCGUCCCCGCGGGCCCCAGCCGCGGAGAGACGCUGGCAUCGCUGAUCCAGCGCCAGAUCGAGCACGUGCGCAUCGCCGCGCCUGCUGUGCUCGCGAGCCGCAACACGCCGCAAGAGCCCGCGCAGGCGGGUGAGGUCGUCGCUGUCGUCGGCGCCGGUGGCUCGCUGGGCAUCUGGCAGGUCAAGGCCCUCCUUGACCGCUCGGAUGUGCGCCGCGUGGUGUGCAUGCUCCGCGCGAAGGACGUCGGUGCCGCGUGGGACAAGGUCGAGGCGGCGUUCGAGAAGGCCGAGCUUGGUGGUCUUGCAGGGCAGUGCAAGGCGUGGAAGGAGACGCAGCUGGCGAGUCGGGGCCCGGCGGUGAAGACCGCACAGCCGCUUGUUGUGCUGCCGUUUGAUCUUGCGAACCCCUACCUCGCUCAGGAGGAGUAUUUGGCGCUUGCUACGGACCUGACGGCUAUCAUCCACACGGCGUGGAAGAUGGACUUCAACCAGGUUGUGGGCGAGUUCGAGCGCGAUUGCUUGAGUGGCACUACUCAGCUUCUGCUCCUGUCUUCGUUCAUGAAGCCCAAACAGUUCUUCUUCAUCUCGAGCAUCGGAGUGAUCAUGGAGUCGAAGGAGACCCCUGCACCUGAGACUCUGCCGCCCUGGACGAAGGACCAGUAUAUCCCUGUCUCCCAGCAUGGAUACAGCGAGUCCAAGUUCGUCUGUGAAUAUGUGAUCGAGGCGGCGUCCAAGCUUCUCAAUAUCCCCUGCUCCAUGGCCCGCAUCGGCCAGAUCUCGGGGGACACUCAGUCCGGUGUCUGGAAGACGGCAGAGAUGAACCCAAGCAUCAUCGCAGGCAGCGCUCGGAUCGGAAAGUUCCCCUCGGCCCCGCAAUGCCCGCUCGACUGGACACCCGUCGACUACGCUGCGAUGUCAACUGUCGACCUCACCCUCCAACAGCGCCCGCUCGGCUCAGCAUCGGUGUUCCACAUCUCGAACCCGCACGCAGCGACCUACGACGACAUGGCGCGCUGCCUGCGCUCGACGGGCAUCGCGCUCGAGUCGGUGCCGCUGCAGGAGUGGUGGGACGCGAUCCUCGCGGACGAGGGCAACCCGUGUCUCCAGAUGGAGGGAUACAUCGAGGAGUCGUUUGUCAAGGCGCAGACGGACCUCGUCGCCAGGGGCGAGAAGGCGCUGAUGCUCGAGAUCAGCCGGACGCUCGAGAGCGCACCGAACUCGCUGGGUAAGUGCCCACCGCUGGAUGAGAGCCUGUGGGGCAAGUAUGUGUCGUAUUGGCGGGAGGUUGGGUUUAUCACGAAGUAA